AUGAAGGGUACAAGCCGAUCUGCACAUUACCAUGCACUCUGGGACGAUAACAAAGUCACCGCUGAUCAGCUUCAAACUUUGACAAACAACCUUUGUUACAUUUAUGCGAGAUGUGCCAUAUCUAUUGUGCCACCUGCAUAUUAUGCUUAUCUGGCUGCUUUCUGUGCCCAGUUUUACAUGGAACCUGAGACAUCAGACAGUGGUUCUGUGGCAAGUGGACCAGCUGGGGGUGGAGUUCCUGCCGGAGGACCAAGCAGUACAAGGGUUGCUGGUAGUGCAGCCGUUAAACCUCUUCGGGCACUAAAGGGCGGUGUCAAGCGAGGCAUGUUCUCUUGUUGA